AUGGCGAAAAUUUUGCGGGAUUAUGAAAGCAUCUCGGGACAAAAAGUCAAUCUCCAGAAGUCUUCUAUUGUCUUUGGUAUGAGAAUUGGUCAUUCACGGAGAAGGGUAAUACAAGGAAUUCUGGGAAUCGAUAAGGUAGGAGGAGGAGGGAAGUAUUUAGGCCUACCUGAGCAGUUUGGGAGAAGUAAAUCAGAGGCUUUUAAGGGAAUUGUGAAAAGAGUAAAAGAGAACAUAGGAGGAUGGUAUAAUCAGCAAUUGAGUACAGCUGGGAAGGAAGUUCUCAUCAAGUCCAUAGCUCAAUCAAAACCAGUUUACUCCAUGAGUUGUUUUCUAUUUCCAAAACAGGUUUGUGAGGAAAUAAAUAGUGCUCUUUCUGAAUUCUGGUGGGGAAAAAAUGAUAAUGCCAGAAGAAAGAUCUCUUGGAUUUCAUGGAAGAGGUUAUCUUUACCUAAGAAUGAAGGAGGAAUGGGCUUCAAGGAUUUACAAAAAUUUAACUUGGCCUUACUGGGUAAGCAGGCGUGGAGGGUUUUGAAAAAUCCAAAUUCUCUUUUGUCGAGAAUUUACAAAGGAAGAUACCACAAAACAACGACGUUUUUAGAGUCGACGUGUGGGAGGAAUCCAUCUUAUGGAUGGAGAUCACUACAAGCAGAGUUGGCGAAAAAGAUUAGACUGUCCAGAUGGGCUACACAAGACAAAAAGAUUUGGGCAUAUACAUCUAAUGCUGAAUAUACAGUGAAGUCGGGCUAUUGGGUAGCUACUCAUCUUGUCUCAGAUAAUGAGAGGAUUAAUCCCCCAGCGGGAUCGUUGGAAGUCAAAAAAAAGAUUUGGAGAAUUAAAGUGGAGCCUAAAAUUCAGCAUUUUUUAUGGAAAGCGAUUGCUGGUGCUCUCCCAUCUUCAGAAAGGUUAUGUUCGAAGUCUGUGGAUAUUGAUCCGGUGUGUCAAUGCUGCAACCAAGAGGAGGAAACAAUCAAUCACUUACUAUUUCAGUGUCAGUAUGCGAAAGCUGUCUGGCAAAGUGCAGGGUUUAAUGAGUUUGAUACUGUGAAUUCAACGUUGGAAGAAAAUAUCAGUUUGAUGUUUCAGAUUAAUCAUUCAACAGCAUUGAGAACGGAAGACAGAUUUUUACCAUUCUGGGUUGUUUGGAGGAUAUGGAAAUCAAGGAAUGAGCUACUCUUCACACAAAAACAAGUACAAGCAAUGGAAGAUGCUCUGAAAAGCAUGGAAGAAGUGGCGGAAUGGCUAUCAGUUAAUCCAACUUCGGAAACUCAUCAACACAUUCAACGACAAGGCAAUAUGGGCAUUUGGGAUCCACCUCCUUCGGGAUGGCUUAAAUGCAAUUCUGAUAGUUCGUUCAAGGUAAACAAUGAUUAUAUGGGAGUAGGGUGGAUAAUCAGAGAUGAGCAUGGCCAUUAUAUUGAAUCAGGAUGGGCACGGUUGGAGAAUGUGGGUUCAAUUUUGGAAGCUGAAGGAAAUGGAUUCCUGUAUGUGGUUCAAAGAGUAUGGCACAAGGGAUUCAGACAAGUUUGGUUUGAGGGGGAUAACCUUCAGUUGGUUAAUGUCAUCAACAAGAGAGAAGAUAGCUACGAACUUGGAAAUUUGUUAGUGGACAUUCAUCAUUGGAUAAGCAAGCUUCCACUAUGUUCAUUGGAUCAUGGGGUUCGUGAGAAGAAUAUGGCUGCUGACAAAUUGUCAAAAUGUGUUUAUCAAUUUCCUUGUUCUUUUAUGUUAUAUUCUGUACCUCCAAUUUGGUUACAAUCUCUUUUGUACAACACUCUAUAA